AUGGAGGGCAGGGAUGUACCCAGGGGCAUGUACGUGAGUGGCGUGGGUGCCUCUCACUUCGCCCUGGCAGUGGCAUCAGUGCUGUCCUUGCCUGGGCACUACGAGGACCAGUCGUUGGUGCUGGAUGGCAGCAACGCGACCAAGGCCAAGGUGGAGAAUGCUGCCAUCCGAGAGGCCAGAAACCGGCUGAGAAAGAGGGCGGGCGAGACAGGGAGAGCGAGUGGGGGAUCCGGAGCAACAGCCACGGAGGAAGCAGCCGGUAGGCCAAACCCACUCUCCAAAAGCAGUGCAUUGAAUGGCAGUGGUACAGUUGGCAUUGCCACUCGUGCUGUCUCAACCUCCUCCUCACCAUGCCACCUGUCUUCCACCACCGAUGCUCUUCCUCCUGCCGCUGCAGCAACUGCAACCAAUUUUGAGUCAUCUCAAAAGUCCACUGCAGCGGCUCAAUCCCGUACCAUUCUCGCCCCUGGCCUCGUUCCUGUCAACACCCACCCCGCUAUGGCGGUCCUUACUUAUCGAGUUGCUUGCCUCUUGCAGUGGGUCCGAAACUACGGCUCAGAUUUCAUCCCGAAGAACUGCUGCUUCAGGGAUAGCCUUCAGGGGAAGGUCCUGCCCAUGCGUCACCCCUUUAGGGACCUUCCGAGCCUGCUGCUCAGGUUUGGUGCCAUUCCCAAGCCGGUGGAGGGAAGCAACUUCCCCCUGGAGUGGGAGGAGUGGCCUGAGGGCGAUGGCGCUGCUGCCAAGUUCCCUCACGACUUCACUGCCCGUUUCUUUGGACUUGGUAUCGUGGAGGCGAGUGGGAUGUGCGAGGAGAGCGGCUCUCAGGAUGGCUUAUUAGAGGAGAGUGAGGUGGUAGAGGAGGGUGACGUGGCAGAGGCGGGUGGGCAGGGGCCAUCGGAGUAUGUGCAAGGAGCAGCAGGGAAGGGCAAGGCUGUGAAGGGGACAGGAAAGAGGGGGAAAGGAGGGAACGGGAGUGGUGGCAAGAAGGCGGAAGCGGGGCCUGAAACGGUGACAGGGCGUGGGAAGGGGAAAGGAGUUGAAGCACACACAACCGUGCUGCCGCCGCCACGGCACAGCAAGGACCACUCGCAGCCGUGGCUGCCCAUCAUGCGGUGCCGCGCUGAUGUGGACUUUCUACUGGCCUUCCUGGCGGCCAUGUUCAAGGUCCCAAACUGUUCCCAGUGCCUCAAGUGCGUGGGCAUCUUCAUGAACCACGUGCCGUGCUGUGCUCUCAUCGCCAGCUUCGCCUAUCGCCCCGUGGACGCCCUCGUCACGCGCUUCCUCUCCGCCUUCCCCGUGCGCUCCCCUGAGCUCGACCGGUUGCUCAAGGCGCUGCUGCUGCGCUUGCCUCUCACCGUGGCGGAGCACAUCCGGCUCAUCAACGAGUCCAGCCGUGCGUGCGUGCGGCGGGGCAUGAGUGGCGUGCACCAUGAUGGCGAGCAGCUGACGCAGUUACCCAAGGAUGCGGGCAUGAGGGAGAGUGUGAUGCCGCUCUUCUUCCUGCUGGGUGUGGCGCUGUACCAUGCGAAGCCCAUCAUGGGGGUGUGUGACGCACGCGACGUGGGCUCACACAGCGGGGACAUGGAAAUGAUUGCACGGAGGAUGGAGAGGGUGAUGGGGAGCGGGGGCAGUGUAGGGGGUGUGGACAGCGGGGAGGUGUGGGUGGAGGUGGAGUCGUGGUGCUUUGCCAUGAUGUGCGCAUGGCGCUCCAGCACCAAGGUCAUGGGGCCGGGGCUCCAUGUGUCGUGCGGUAAGGCCAGCAGCCAUGUGCUGCCCAGGCAGGCAGGAGCGCCCACGUCACACGAGUGGGGCGUUGACAUGUGGGCGCAGGCUGCCACACCCAGGUUUCAUGACCACAUGCUGGCGAGUCAGGGUGGGUGUGGCGUUGCGUGCGCGGACAGCCGCAGUGGGGCCAGUGAUGGCGGUGGUGGGAAGAGCGAGCAUGUGCCCUCUUCCGCCCCUGCUGCGCCAAUCACUGCACGUGCACCAAGCAAUGCAGCUGCCUCCGUUUCAGUUGCACAAUGCCCUGGCGAUGCUGCUUGUAGCGGGCGUGUGUGCGGAGCUGCGGGGUGUGGGAGGGUGGAGGGUGGUGGUGCUGUGAAGCUGAGGAAUUGCUCCGGGUGUGGCAAGGUGGCGUAUUGCAGCAGAGACUGCCAGAAGGCGCACUGGCCCUCCCACAAGCUUGCAUGUCCUGGCAGGACCAGCGGCCGGGGUGGUGGCAGCAGUAAUGGCAAAGAGAGUUGUAUUGAGAGUGAGACAAACAUUGGGCACUAA